AUGCCUGCACGCACUUCCUACGGUACGUACGAAGAGGAGCGUCGUCAUUUCAUGACCACAUUGCACGCUCAGAUUGACAUCCUCCAGGACAACCACAAAGGGAGCGGAAAGAUGGUUAUCAAUUCUCUGUCUCUUUUGCUUCUGCGAAUUGAGGGCCUGAGAAUCGCCGGACAGGCUCGUUAUACCUACCACAACCCUAAUUGGACUGCCAAGUGCAACAAGCUCUAUGAGCGGGUGCAAUAUUUCAAAGAUGCUCUUGUCAAGGACCCCACCAGCAACUACCGAGUCGCUGCUGAUAUCGAGAGCAUGAUGAUCUUUUUGGACUUUUGUGUCCCUGCCGAUAUUGAGUACCGGAUUUCGCCUGAUCGGGGUGACCGGAGUGGUGCUCCUUCCCCUGAGCCUAGGCGUUAA